AACAACUUGAGUUUCACACUUGUUAUUGAUUGGAGCAGCACAAAGUGAGGAAAUUGCGUUGCCAUUUCCUCAAUUUGUGCUUCUCCAUUCAGUAACAUGUGUUCAAAUCAGACUGAUAACAAUUCUCUGAAAUUGCGGUUGCGAUGCGGUUGCUAGUUUCCUCGGUUUGCACCGCCGUUUAAAUUAUCACCCCUGUCAUUCAUGCUAUUAUUCUGCUAUGACUUUUGUCAGUUUUGUAACGUGUAGAAUAGCGGGCAAAAUAAGUUCAUAUUGACAGGAGCAGAGAGGAGAAGGGAAUCAGUAUUAACUCUAUCGUAAACAUGAAUUCUAAAAGUGCAGUUUUUACGUUAACUAAGAAACUGGCUCGAGACCUGGGCUUCAUGGAAACAGUGUAUGCAAGCAAAUCUAAUAAAUGUAAGCAUCCCAUGCUACAGCCAUUCAAGUAUCUGAUUGUAAUUGAUUUUGAAUCUACAUGUUGGGAACAAAAUACAGAUGGAAAGCAACCUGAAAUUAUUGAAUUUCCUGCUGUAUUACUCAAUCUUAGGACAGGAAUGAUAGAAGAAGAAUUUCAUCAGUAUGUUCUUCCAGUUGAAAAUCCCAUCCUCAGUGAUUUCUGUGUUAAUUUCACUGGAAUUGAACAAGAAGCUGUUGAAAACGGAGUGCCACUAAAAACUUGUCUAUCUCUUUUCGGUUCUUGGAUUAAGGAAGUCUCAGAGAAGAGAAGAUUGGUAUUUCAUAUUAAUCAGAAAGGGAGUAGUGCAGAAAAUGCUUGCACAUUUGUCACAUGGUCAGACUGGGACCUGUCUGUGUGUCUGCAUAAUGAAUGUACAAGGAAGCAGCUCUACAUGCCAGAGAUCCUGUAUCAGUGGACUGACCUCCGAGCUAUAUACAGGAAGUUUUACAAAAGACGCCCAAAAGGUCUUCGUGGUGCGUUGUCAGAGCUUGGCCUACAGUUCGAGGGUCGGGAGCACUCAGGUUUAUGUGAUGCUCGCAACACUGCCCUUCUUGCCUGGCGCAUGCUCCAGGAUGGAGCAGUCCUCACAGUUACAAAAGGCCUCAAGACAAAAAGACAGGCAUCUAAAAUGCCUCAUUUGAAGACUGACAUAUAGCAUGCACAUUGUUUUGGUACCAGUAUAAGGUAGACAAUCAUAAAAUCUUUAAUUACAUACUGUAGAACAUUUUACCUGCUAGAUUUUUACAUUUAUAGUCAUUCACAUACUUGUAACAUUAAUCUAAAAUAUUACACAUUAAGAGUAUUAUGAUAUUUACAAGAGUAGCAAUAGUAAUACUGAAAACUGUUAUUUCCAGAUUCAGGUCAUACCAGAGAAUACAAGAGAAUGUAAAGGAGACUCAAUGAAAGCAAAAACAUGAAAAGAAUACCACAGUCUACUGUAGCAAUGAAAUUAGGACCACUCAGUGUGAUCAAUACCCCACUAACAACACAAAGGAAGUCAUCCAUAACUGGUGAAACAAACACAUCCAUUCUUGUUGACCAUGAAAAUCACUGGGUAGAAGCUUCAUUUAAGAAUGUAAUGGGAUUGCUCAAAUUUUCAAGAAUUGAUGAGAACCAUUCCUGUGAGGUCCAAAGUUGUUUCCAGCCUUAGCAUUCAGCUAGCACAAAGAAAUAUUACAACUCCUGAUGGAAUAUUUUGCCAUUGGCCUUAUUCUAGUGCUAAUGAACCCAACAUCUUUGUAGGUGUGGUUCUCCUGCUUCUCACAGUGGCCUCCCUUCAAAUCAGGGUCAUAGUUUCUUCAUCCGUCAUCAGCACAAAUACACAGGAAUAGUACACACAACGAAGCUGUUUCUGUGGGGACUUCUCACACUUUCACUUUCACUAAACCUAGUGACCCAGUAAUACACAGCUGGAUAGUCCUGCUAUGAUGUGAUGUGAGUUACACUGAGUGACUGGUUUUCAUCUGCAUGUAUAGAGAGAUGAUAAAACAAUGCAGAAUGUUUCAUUUUGCUUAUCAUAAGCACAGAAGUCUCUCUUGCUUUAUGUUUAUA